AGCGCAACAGGCGAGCUGCUGCAAAAAAAUCCACGUUGUGGAGGAAACUGUUCAUCCCGACAGGAGCGACGAAAACACUCCGCGCACGCUGCGAUGCCUGCGCACUGUUCGGCUGCUUAGGGUCGCCGGAGGAGCGCGUUUGAGAGAAGGGAAAGUGUUUAUUCUCUGGAGGACCCUGACUGGAGUUUUUGGACAAAAAUGACGCUCAAGUACAGCCAGCGAGCGCUAAUAGUUCUGUCCUUGCUGGGGGUUUUAUCGGCCAUCAUGUCUGUUUUAUCGGUCAUUUUGAUCUUCCAGCUUCAGGCUCAGCAGACGGCGGUUAAGGAGUCUCCCCCUUCCACCUCCUCGGUCGUGCCGGCUCAUAUCUGGGCCGUCCUGCUGCCGGUCUCCACGGUGCUCUCCGCCCUGUCCCUCACCCUCCACCUAAGCUCUGUGGCGGUGUGUCUCCUGCACAGCUACUUUUCAACAGAGGUCUGCAGAGGGGAGCAGGACACUGAGAGAGCAGACUGGUUUCUUCUGGACAGCAGAGCUGUGCGACAUGUGGCUAUUGGACUGUUCUGCCUGGGGGUUUGUGUCUAUUUGGCAGCUAUGUCCAUCUUCAUGCUCCUGAUAUUUGAGGUGGAGACAGGCAUUGCAAGCGCUUGCGUCCUCUCCUCUGGGAUCUUAAUCCUCCUGGUCGUGGUGAUCCACUCUCUGGUCAAAGCUUCCCGUACGGCCAAGAGCUAUCACAGCGACCACCUCGACACCCUCUUCCAGAACGACGGGAGCAGCAGCAUACCUGUCUCCCGACACUGCGAGCUCAAAAUUGGCGUGGACAAACCGCGGAUGCACCGCAGCCAGUCUCACCUGCAGCAUCCCGUCUCCUACCCUCACUCUAGCAACCCGAGACAGCGAGAACAGUACCAACCACAGCAGUACUCUCCGGCUGGAGGUUCCCAGGGCCACGCUAGCGAUAAAGACGGCUACAGCAGUGGCGGCAGUUGUCCCCGAAUGCACAGGACCCUGUCGACUGAAUCUGGUUUACUGCAGGCCCAGGCUAAACCCUGGAAUGGGGUCAACAAUGAGAUGAGGAGCGUCCUCGCGCGCAAGUCGGGGAUUUCCGCAAAAGACUCUACUCUUGUGUGACAUGAAGGAAGCUGAGCUCAUGACUGGGGGACUGCGAACAAGUGUCAUCUCAAACAGAUAUAGAACUGUCAGUUUGCACCUUUAAGCUCAUCAGGUUUAUCCUGACUGACUGCAGACAACAUGGGACAGAGAUUGAAAAACAUACCCAAGUGUUCACUUCUAUCAACUGAUUUCUCCUGUUCAGAUUAUAAAGCAUUUUCUAUUUGAUUCGAACAUAAUGGGCACAACUUUUGUAUCAUUUGUAGUAUUUUGUAUGAAUGAACUUGAUUUAAUUGCCCAAGUAUCAAUCAUGCAAAACUUCUAGCUUUCAUUGUAAUAAUGUAAAUACUUUAUUCUGCUGUACAUGGUGGCAUUUUGCCAAAUAUUUGUGCCCAAUGUGCAGAUGUGUUUUGUUAUGUGUUGGUCAAAAUCAUUUCAUAUCAACUUUAAAUGAAUUAAUUUGAGAAAACAUAAUUCAGUUUUAAAGUAGCAUGUUUUCUGAUGCCUAAGUUAAACAUUAAAACAUGUUCACAAAAAGCUGUUAACUUUAAAUGUCAUUCAAAUGCACAUUUCAAUCAUUUCUGAAACAGAUCGUUGUGAUUAUAUCACGUCUGGACAAACUA